UCGCAGAAAAUUUAUAGCGCUUUUCCGCGAAAAAUGCUUGCUUCGCUCUCCAAUUUACUCUUGGGAUCCGAUUCUGUGUUCUCUGUAGCACCACAUCUCUUAUGCAACCACUCUUCGUCUUCUUCAAUCAAACUAUUGUGCCCUAACUUUUAUUCCAUUAAUUCAAUUCUACUUUCUAAUCGAAAAAUUUCUCCUUUUUUAUUUCCUUCCCCCUUUCUACUUUUUAUACUGUAAUCCUCAAUCCCCAAAUUUUCUGUUUAAUUGGACGCCUAUAGAUGUUUGGGAAAUUGAUCUGGGAGAAGCCGAAAAUUUUGUGCAUCAAGAUUUUACGUCGAUCAGUACACUUCGGAUUGAAUUUUUUGCAAGAUUCGCUUUUUUGAGUUUUGUCGAAGAUGAUACCUGUUGGGGGAAUUACGUGUUGCCUGAGCGCUGCUGCGCUUUAUCUUCUGGGGAGGAGCAGUGGAAGAGAUGCUGAUGUUCUGAAGUCUGUUACUCGAGUGAAUCAGUUGAAGGACUUGGCUCAAUUAUUGGAUGCUGCAAGCAAAGUGCUGCCACUGGUUGUCUCUGUGUCAGGGAGGGUUGGUUCGGAGACACCGAUUAAUUGCGAGUACAGUGGUUUACGGGGUGUAAUUGUGGAACAGACGGCGGAGCAGCAUUUUUUGAAACACAAUGAUGCUGGAUCUUGGAUUCAAGAUUCAGCUUUGAUGUUGUCCAUGUGCAAAGAAGUUCCAUGGUAUCUUGAUGAUGGUACAAGUCGUGUACAUGUUGUUGGAGGACGUGGUGCCACAGGUUUGGUGCUUACAGUAGGAAGUGAAGUGUUUGAGGAGUCGGGACGAUCACUAGUGCGUGGAACAUUGGAUUAUCUUCAGGGCCUAAAGAUGCUUGGAGUCAAGAGAAUUGAACGGGUCCUGCCUACGGGCACGCCCUUGACAGUUGUUGGUGAGGCUGUUAAGGAUGAUAUUGGGUCAAUUCGAAUCCAGCAACCACAUAAAGGCCCUUUUUAUGUUUCUGACAAAACUAUUGAUCAACUGAUUGCAAAUCUUGGGAAAUGGUCAAGAUUGUACAAGUUUGCAUCAUUGGGUCUCUCAUUGUUUGGGGUUUAUCUUGUUGCUAAGCAUGCAUUCCAAUUUAUCAUGGAGAGAAGACGUCACUGGGAAAUGCGAAAGAGGGUUCUCGCUGCUGCAGCUAAAAAGGCUGCUGGGCAAGAGGAAGGAGGUUUAAAUGGCAAGGCUGAGAGUGGAUCAGAUAGCAGCAAUAAAGAUCGAAUGAUGCCAGAUUUGUGCGUGAUAUGUUUGGAGCAAGAAUACAAUUCAGUUUUCGUCCCGUGCGGCCAUAUGUGCUGUUGUAUGAUGUGCUCUUCACACUUGACAAACUGUCCACUAUGUCGGAGACGGAUUGAGCAAGUGGUGAAGACUUUCCGGCACUGAGUCUUUCAAUCAUAUUACGCCUACGGCUGAGAUGAAUUCACCUCAAGUAAGAACUCCCCCGUUGCCAUGAAAUUUGCUGCAUGUUACAUACCGUUGCUAUGAAUGAUGAUCCCAGUUUCCUCAUUUUUCUUGUACCAUUAGAUUUUCUUUCUUAGAAUUGUAUACAGUGAGCAUCUUACAUCUUUAUUCAGAUCAAAAUUCAUGA